AUGGCAUUGAAUACCAACUUUCCACACAACCGUAAACGAACCAUCUAUGUUGGAGGAUUUGGCGAAGAAGUAACGGAGAAAACAUUGAACUACGCAUUCAUUCCGUUUGGAGAUAUUGUUGGUAUCUCGGUUCCGUUGGAUUAUGAAUCUGGUAAGCACCGAGGCUUUGGGUACGUUUUUGUGUUUCCUGUUGUUUUUUAGGUACUUUGUGAACUGUUUGACAUUAUUUUUUGUUACAUCUUUAUUUUUUUAAUUUUCUUGAUAUUUGUUAAGUUUAACUGACACAUCUUGCAGGUUCGUCGAAUUCGCAUUAGCUGAAGAUGCUGCAGCUGCUAUAGAUAAUAUGAACGAUGGAGAGUUGUUUGGUAGGACAAUACGUGUAAACUUUGCAAGACCACCAAAGGCAAAUGAAAAGUCGAGCAGACCAGUUUGGGCCGAUGAUGAAUGGCUAAAACAAUAUGGUGGAGCUGAAGGCAAAGAUGGUUCAGAUAAUGAAGAAAACGAUAAUGAAGCUGUUACAGACACUGGAGAUGGAGAAGCAGUGUCUAGGAAUAAAUUGUCGUUACCUAGAGUUUACUUGGGCAUCAAAAUAGGUAUCAGGUAUGUUCUUUUUGAGGUUUUUUGGUGUUUAGGGAAGAUCGAUGGGAGCUGAUGUGUUUUAUUAGUUAGAUUUACUGAGGAAAAUCUUUUUUUGUUGUUUUUUAAGGAAACAAUUCUUGAAAUCUAGGGAUUUUGAUUGAAAGUUUUAUGUUGCUUUGAGAAGUUUGAUACCUAAUUGGUUUUGAUAAUAACUUUUUUCAAAAGGUAGUUAUAGGUUUGAAAGUUAAUUCGAACGUAGGCUUUACGGCUUUGUCAACUAAUACAGUAACAUUAGUUUUUAAAUUUUGGCUGGUUUUAUUUACAAUAUUAUUUACAUACAUAUGUACUGCAAUAUCAAAAUUAAAUAAAAUUCAACUUCUUUUUGAAUUUAUAUGAAUAAAUGGAUAACCUAUUCUAUUUCAUUAUGUUACGCUUUAACUUCAUACUAUAUUUUGUUUUUUUAACGAACUUUUAUUCCAGAUACGUAGGUCGAAUUGUAUGUGAACUCCGAACAGAUGUUGUACCACGAACAUGCGAGAAUUUCCGAUGUUUAUGUACAGGAGAACGAGGAUUUGGUUAUGAAGGAUCAAAGUUUCACAGAGUUAUUCCAAAAUUCAUGUUACAAGGCGGUGACUUCACUAAAGGCGAUGGAACGGGAGGAAAGUCAAUUUAUGGUCUAAAAUUUGACGAUGAAAACUUCAAAUUGAAGCACGACAUGCCAGGCAUAUUAUCAAUGGCGAAUUGUGGACCAAAUACGAAUGGAAGUCAGUUCUUUAUCUGUACGUCGAAAACAGAUUGGUUGGAUAAUAAGCAUGUUGUGUUUGGCCAUGUUGUGGAAGGUAUGAACAUUGUAAGGCAGAUUGAACAACAAGGAACUCAGAAUGGCAAACCAAUGAUGCAGGUAUGGUUUAUACGGUGUUUUGAUAGGUUUGGGUUGAUAAAAAUUUAAUUUUUAAAGAUUUUAAAAAUUUUGAAAUUUGAAUUUUUAAAAUAAAAAUAUCAUACUAAAAUCAUUGAUUUCAGAUUCAAAUUGUUGAAUGUGGCGAAGUAGGAAGCUCGUAA